GGGCUGCAUUCUCUUGUGUCGCGUUGUUUGAUUAUGAUUUUUUCUUCUAGAAUUGCUGCAUGUUUUAGAGAAUUCAGUUCGUGCUUUCUCUUUUGGGGUCCCCUGUGGACUGGAUAUUGCGUUCAUCGACAGGUUUCCCAGUCGUUUCUGCUUUUUGUGGGGCGUUGGGAAUGUGUACCCAGAGGAAGUAUCUUGGUAAAGGUUUACUGACGCGAGGGUGUGAAAUGGUUUACAACUCAAUGCUUGUUUAGAUUAUCAGUGUUACAGUGGAAGACCUUGUCAAGAUAAGUCUUCUAGACUUUUCUGCUGGUUUUUCCCCUCAGUGUCUUCAGGUUUAUGUAGGAAGGGUACGUUGUGCCCAGAAGAAGCGAAUCUAGGGUCUCAAAUUGAGAUUGGUUGUAGGGUUAAUGAAUUCUCAAAAACAGGAGCGAGGAUAGAUUCCUUCAGCUUCUAUACUCUUUUGCUUGUCAAUUGUUCCUUCUCUCACACCUUCUGCAACGUGUCUUUACAGUUCUUUCACCAUUUAUAUACUCUUCUUGUAUGUGAAUGCCAACAUACUUCCUCUCAACUUAUUCUCGUGUAAGGGACACACCGAACACUUGAGCUAUGGCGAAAGUCGGAACCGGUAAUCCGCAGGCUUACCUCUACCGCAUUAGCCCAGAGGAAGAAUGGGCUGCGUCACAAGCUGCCGGAGCGUUGCAAGGCGGGGAGCUGGAUACUUCCUCUGGCUACAUUCAUCUCAGCACUGGUGCGCAGGUCUCUGGGACCCUCGCAAUGUUUUUCGCUGGGCGGACCGAUCUGUACCUGCUCAAAGUCGACUCCUCGAAGCUUGGUGAUGGAUUGCGCUACGAUGAAGUAGAAGGUGUAGGUAUUUUCCCCCAUUUCUAUGGUCCUGAUGGGACCUUUACCCCGCUGCCUCUGAGUGCUGUGGAAGCUUCAGCCAAGAUAGAGCUGGAGAAUGGGCAGCACAAGCUCCCAUUUGAUCUUGCCAACGCUGCCUCCUGAUCUGUAAUUAGCAGGAUGCUAUACAUUGUUUUGCUUCAGUUUCCUUUAGUUUUGAUAUAAUUCACCAGCUCUGUGUUACAUUGGACAUGGUUUUCACGACUUGAUAGGGAAAUUCAUGAACGUGAGAAUUGCCUCGCCGAUUCUAAUUUUCUCCUAUCGUGGGAGAAGUAAGAACAUGGACUUGUGGAUAGAUUGUGGUUUUUAUUGUCCAAAAGCAAGGUGAUCUGUGGUUUCCACAUGUAGUCACAUAGAAGACCCACAUUUGCAACAUGAGGCUUCCAAAUCCAUGGUUUCUGUAGGAUGUGAUUGAACUCAAAAUUCAAAUUUCUUUUAAAAAAAUCAUAUAUGAAAACAUAAUGAAAUAUGUUCAUUUUUUUAAUGUUUAA